GAAGGCGAUUUCUCGGCGAUUUAUUCCUUCUGUACCACUCACCUCCAUGUAUUUAAAAGAUCCACACUCGUCGUCCUCCCCAGUUAGUAUUUCGUUUCUGUAUUGAGCUUCGAGUCGCCAUGGGUUUGAAGGAGGAGUUUGAGGAGUAUGCUGAGAAGGCAAAGACCUUGCCGGAGAACACAAGCAAUGAAAACAAACUCAUUCUCUAUGGACUAUACAAGCAGGCCACUGUUGGACCCGUGAACACUAGCCGACCUGGAGUGUUCAACCAGAGAGACAGAGCCAAAUGGGAUGCCUGGAAGGCUGUUGAAGCAAAAUCCAAGGAUGAUGCAAUGAGCGACUACAUCACGAAGGUGAAACAGUUACAAGAGGCAGCUGCUGCUAACUGAUAAGUUUCUCGAUUAUCUGUAUGAACAAUGAUGUUGAAAUAAUCCUUGUUUAAGUUCAGUACUUUUAUCAUAUUUAUCUAAAUUGUGUAACAAUGACUAUGUGCAAGUAUUAUUACUAUUGGAUUUCGCUAAUGAAUCUUCAACCUUUUAACCAAAU